GUAGGUACUGUGUGUGUAUUCUCGGCCAGUGAGCUCCCCUCGUUCUUCCCCAUCUCCCAACACCUUGAGAUGGCGUUGAGACCUUGCUGUCUGACUGACUACAAGAAACUAUACGAUUCAGGCAAAUGACAAGGAGCUGAACAAUGGUCCUAGUAGCUGACCUAGUGUAUCUCCUCAUCUCCCUGUGCUGUGCAAUACCAAGUGCUGCAUCGAUAGUCUAUUUUUCGUGUUUUAUGUGGAAUGGACUGGAUCUCCCCAUAGGCAUUGACGGCCAUGCUGACUGGCACACCCCCCCUUUGCUGACCAGCUCCACCCUCCUACACAAUGCUCUGUUGCUGCUCAUCUUCCCAGUACAACAUACCUUCACUCUGCGAGGUCCCCUCGACACUCUCCUGCGACUGAUGGUACCUGAACACUACAGACGUCCAGUCUACUCCCUCAGUGCUGGCCUGGCACUGGGGCUCACCAUGUACCUAUGGCAGCCAAUGCCUCAACCUGUCUGGACCAUCUCAAACACUAUUGCUGCUAACAUUGUCUUAGCUGUGUCGCUGAUCGGGUUCCUAGGAGCACCUAUAGCUAUCAAUAAUAUGGACCCUUUUGGUUUGAACAUCUAUGGUGUGAGGAAGCCUCUUCUAAAACUACUUGGCUGGGAGUCAGGGGGUGGUCCUCUGGGGGAGGCGGGACUGGUAGAGACGGGUAUGUAUGGAUUCGUGAGGAACCCUCAAUACAGUAUGCUGAUGGUGGGAAUAUGGAUCACUCCAACCAUGAGUGUGGGCCACCUCCUCUUGACCUCGGUCUACACACUGUACGUGAUACUAGCUGUGAAGUACUCGGAGGAGCCAGCACUCGUCAGGGAGAUGGGCAAGGCCUACACUGACUACAUGGACAGGACUCCUCCUUAUAUACCAGCUCUCACUAAACACAACAAGUCAAAGAGAACAUGAUCUAAUUCCAAUCUCACAUUUGACUACUUAGCAACAUUUCAUUGUGUAAUUAUCAUUGUGAAAUAAAUGAAUAUUAGUACAAUAAAUGUU